AAUAAUAAUAAUAAUAAUAAUAAUCCACACGAUAUCACGAAAGAAGAAGAUGUCCAAUCAUCCACUACCACUAAUAAUAAGAAUACACAUACUACAAUGCCAGCGACAGAGAAGGAGGAGAAGAAGGAAGAAGAAGAAGAAAAGGAAAAGAAUAAUAAUGAUAAGAGUACUAAUACUAAUACUAAUGAUGAUGAUGAUAUCGAUGAAGAAGAAGAUGAGGAAGAAGAAGAAGAAACGCGAGUGGAGGAAAAAAUGCGAAAGAUGCAGGCGGAGAUUGAUGCAAUUCAACAAGACAUCAUUGCAACAGGCGAUAAGGAUGGAGAUAACACCAGUUAUCGGCGGAAUAUCAUCGUGCGGGACUCUCCAGCGGUGAGUCGUCCGGCGUUAAUGAAUGCAAAAGCAAAGAUUGGCCCUGCUGCUCUUAAGAAGCGGUAA